AUGGAAUCUGGGGCGGUCAUAGAACUGUGGAGUGAGUACAUAAGAGAGAUUUUCAGUGAUGACAGAGCAGAAAUGGUGGAUCUUGUAUAUAAUGAGGAGGGACCAACAAUUUUAAAAGAGGAAAUUGUAGCUGCUAUGAAGAGAAUGAAAGCAGGAAAAGCUGUUGGAGUAGAUGGCAUAGCGAUUGAGAUGUUGGAGGCGUUGGGAGAUUUUGCAGUUGACAAGAUAACAACUUUAGCAAAUAGCAUAUAUGAAACCGGUGUUAUAGAGGAGCAGAUGUAUAAAUCCAUAUUUAUACCAAUAGCAAAGAUUCAAGGUACUCUAGAGUGUAACAAACACCGUAUGAUUAGCAUUAUGAGUCAUGUAACUGAGAUAAUCUUAAGAGUAGUUAUUGCUAGAGUAAGGUAUAAGCUAAGCCCAGAAAUUUCUAAUGAACAAUAUGGAUUUGUUAAGGGAAAGAGUACUGCAAAUGCUGUUUUCGUUCUGAGGACGCUGGCGGAGAGAAUGUUGGAAGUAGGGAAAGAUCUGUACUGUUGUUUCAUUAAAUAUGACAAGGCGUUCGAUAAGGUGAGGCAUGAAGAUUUGAUGGAGAUGCUGGAGGAGCUGCAGAUUGAUGGAAGAGAUCUGAGGAUAAUUAAGAACUUGUAUUGGAGACAGAAGGCGGCAGUGAGAGUCGGUGAAGAAGAAUCGGAAUGGCAAAGUAUAGAGAGAGGAGUCAGACAGGGUUGCGUUAUGUCACCAGAUCUGUUCAAUUUGUACAGCGAAAUUAUUUUUAGAAUAAUUGACGGCAUGGAUGGAGUGAAAGUAGGAGGAAGAAAUGUAAACAAUAUCAGAUAUGCGGAUGACACGGUGCUGGUGGCAGACUCGCAAGAAAGACUACAAGGAUUGGUUGAAAAAGUGGUGGAGGAAAGUAUAGAGAAAGGGCUAAGAGUAAACAAGGGAAAAACAGAAGUAAUGGUAAUAUCAAGGCGAGCACAAAUCCCUAUAUGCAUUACAAUAGAGGGAGACGAGGUAACGCAGGUCAAUAAAUUUGACUACUUGGAAUGUUUAGUAACGAAAAACGGAACGUGUGAAGAGGAGAUAAAGCGAAGAAUAGCAAUAGCAAAGAGUGCUUUCAGUAAGAUAAAGAAGAUGGUAACAAACUCGAAAAUAUCAAUUAGUAUAAGAAAGAGAUAUGUUAAAUGCUAUGUGUGGUCUACGUUGCUCUAUGGGUGUGAAUCUUGGACCGUGAGCGUAGAGAUGGAGAAAAAAAUUAAAGCUGUGGAAAUGUGGAUUUGGAGACGAGUGUUGAAGGUGUCCUGGACUCAGUGGAAAACUAAUGACAAGAUUCUAAAGAUGAUGGACACAUCCAGGGAAUUGGUGAGACAGAUGAAGCAGAGACAGCUUCGCUUCUUUGGUCAUAUCAUGAGAGAGCAGCAGUUGGAGAGUCGGGGCCACGAAGCCGAGUACUACCGACAACACCCGAACGAGCUGUCGGCUAUUAGCGCUGCAGAUCGCGACCUUGACGUAGAACACAAGGUCAGCGAAGAUCGUCGCCUUGACGUGGAGCAGAAGGUCAACGAAAAUCAUGACCAUGACGUGGAGAACGAGGUCAACGAGGAUCGCGACCUUGACCUGCAGCGUAAGGUCAUUGCCGAGACGGCGAGGAAUGACCUUCACGUCGAUGACGUCAUCGCGACGACGUACGGAGAGGUGGUCAGUGACGCAAGCCGGGAGCGAUUCGCGCAACUGACCACGGCUAUCGAGCGAGGUGACCUGAGAGGAGUACAGCAGCUGCUGGACCGCAAGCAUCUGCUCGCGAUGCAUGACGAGACAGGAGCCACCCCGCUGCACGUGGCCGUACUACGCGGUGAGACGGCCAUCGUUCGAUACAUCGUCAGUUAUAGCUCGCUGGACAGCCGCGAUCAGAAGGGACGCACGCCCCUGCACUACGCUGCCACACUGCGAGACGGCGGCCACAUCUACAAGAUACUCGUCAAGGCUGGGGCCAGUCCGGUCACAAACGAUCAGGAUGGACUCACACCGAAUGACUACCUAGAAGAGAAAGGCAGUAAACAAGAAAUCGAGAGGAAAAUGAAAGACGAAGGCAGUGGGCACACAGAAGGGCGCCACUUGGCGGAAGAGGACGCGCCCAGAAGAAACACAGCCGUACGUAUAUAA